AUGCAACGCCGAUGGACCCCCGUUUCCAAAGACCAUGCCAACGUGUUGAAUUUUAUCGAAGAUAACCUAGGAAGAACUUAUUACUUUGUUGCGCUGGUUUCGUCUCAUAACUCAGUAAUACUCGAUCAAACACACUCAUACUAUGUUAUCUUCGGCUUGAGCCCCAACAAACGAUUGGUCUCUCGACUCGAUGAAAACUCAUACUUUUACCAUCAUCACGACCUUUUAUCUGAACCUAUCAUCCAGUUCAACAUAGGGGACUUUUCGUAUCAAUGGGAUACUCAACGGAAUACGCUCGUUGAAUGGGUAGGAGCGGGAUCAAGCAUCUUUGGGUUGGGCGCUUUCAAUGUUCCACUAUACCCGAACUUGAAAGAAGCCGAAAAUUCUGCCCGCUUACUCCAAUCGAACGACUUGAUCAUCCUAGGCGACCAUGAUUUCUCCCUCUUCGCACCUACAGACAGUACCAGCCAUUCUCCCGCGUCUACUACUAACUCGGCAUACACACCAGCCGAAACCAGCACCUUCAAUCGAUCCCCGAAUACUGGGUUCUUUGGCCGAUCUCCAACUAAGCAUACUAUUGAUUUUUGGGUAGAACAAAAUGUGAAGAACAUCCAAGCUACUGGUAGUGGAAAGGGAGUGAAGUGUCCAGAGCCGGGGUGUAAUCACAUCUCACGACGCCCGGGUGCCCUCAAGAUCCAUAUAUGCACCCACUAUCGGUUAAAGCGUGAGUAG